AUUUGAGUUAUCUUUGACUGUCCGACUACGACGAUGCUGUACAUCAUUGGGCUUGGUCUCUGCGAUGAAAAAGACAUCACCGUGCGUGGACUGGAGGCAGUGAAAUCGUCGUCGCGGGUAUAUCUGGAAGCAUAUACAAGCAUCCUCUUGGUCAACAAGGAACGUCUGGAAUCGUUCUAUGGAAAAGAAGUCAUCAUCGCCGACCGCGACAUGGUCGAGACACAGGCAGAGGAAAUCUUGAAAGGGGCAGAUAAACACGACGUAUCACUACUCGUCGUCGGCGAUCCUUUUGGCGCAACGACCCACGUCGACAUCGUCCUUCGCGCACGCUCAUCUGGCAUCCCCGUUCGCGUGAUCCACAACGCAUCGAUCAUGAACGCCGUCGGUGCAUGCGGGCUCCAACUAUACAACUUCGGACAGGCGGUCUCUCUCGUAUUUUUCACCGACACCUGGAAACCCGAUUCGUUUUACGAUCGCAUACGCGAGAAUAUGGGGUUGGGAUUGCAUACGCUCGUGUUGCUGGAUAUUAAAGUGAAAGAACAGAGCGAGGAAAAUCUUGCACGAGGAAGGAAGAUAUACGAACCGCCUCGGUACAUGUCCAUUCCCCAAGCCGUAUCACAACUCCUAGAGAUCGAAUCUCUCCGCGCCGAAAAUGUUCUCUCACCAAAGACAACCCUUGCCAUCGCACUUUCGCGCGUUGGCUGUGAUGAUGCUGGUCCCGAUAAUACGCGGCAGCGCAUCGUGUGCGGGACGCUCGAGCAACUUAGUGAGCAACCCCCGGAGAGUUUCGGAGAGCCGUUGCAUAGCCUGGUUAUCAUUGGAAAAAGGCUCCAUCAUUUGGAGGUGGUGUAUGCGGAGGAGUAUGCAGUGUGUAGGGAAACAUGGAGACGAGUUGCACGCGAGGUGUAUGGAUGUGUGUUAGACUACACGGCCACACCUGAGAUCUAAAUGGACCUAAACAUAGGAAAUAAGAUGAAUACUGUUGCAUGCAGUGUGGGUUUGGCUCAUUCUGGAUUAGGCCAGGCAGCAUUUACACAAUCAGUUGCAGUAGACACAGUCCUAGGG